AUGGGUGCUAACGCGUCUAAGCAGUCUGGUAGCAGCAGCAAAAACGCAAAGCCUGGUCGUAUGCCGCAACAAAAGAUUGAAGACCUGGUUGACCUUGGUGCUGUGUUUCCAAACGGCCUGUAUCCAACCACAGAGCAAGAUUACGACCCUCGUAUUUUACAGAAGCUCAUUGUACAGAGAAAGAUAGCUCCGUUCUACAAAGGUUUACCAGAUGCUCCAGAGACAGUGACAGUAGCAACGCUAUCUCCCAACUUGCCUAUACCACAAUCAUCCUCAUCUUUGUCCACCAUAUCCACCUCCUCAUCCAUCACAAACCCAAACGCAACAACAUCCUCACUAUCAGUAUCAGCUCCAGCACCAGUACCAGCCGCAGCAGACAGCAAACCAAAAAACAGACCUCGCAGUGCUUCGCAAAGAGACGCUUCUUAUGACCCUUAUGUCGAGCGAAAGAAGGCAUACCUUGAAAAGAUGAAACAAAGAGAGAAAAUGCUGUACAAUGAUGCUGUUGAAUGUCCCAUUUGUUUCCUGUAUUAUCCUGCAAAUAUCAACUACUCUCGCUGCUGUGAUCAGCCUAUUUGCACCGAAUGCUUUGUUCAGAUCCAUCGCCCUAUCGAAACACCCUCAGUGCCUGCUACAUGUCCCUUUUGUAUGGAGGAGAAUUACGGCAUUUUGUAUGAACCGCCCACGUGGAGCGAGAGGUUUCAGGCUCGCUCUCGAAGUGGUUCGCACAGCACAAUGACAGGCACUCGACAUACAACAUCUGGUGUAGGAGGAUCAGAUGGACCCCGUCGUGAAAGUGUAGGCCACAAGAACCCUGACGUUGUAUUGAUUGAUCACAUCAGACCUAAUUGGGACAAAACAACAACACCUGCACCAACUCCCGCACGAGCUGUCUCUAGAAGAAACUCUGCUUCCAAUGCUGGCAGUGGUGGAUCUCGCCAUAACAACCUGCUGAGAGCCGCAGGUGUCACAUCGCUGUUGACAAGACCAGGUAGAUCCGCAUCAUCAGCCGCAGCAACCGAGUAUCAUCAACAUUUGAACAAUAUGAGAGAUGUAAAUAUGGACUUGGAGGACUGGAUGGUGAUGGAGGCAAUACGAUUAUCUCUUGCUGAGCAAGAAGAAAAUGAUAGAAAAGAAGCUCUGAAGAAGAGCAAAGAGCAGCAGCAGCAGGAAGAUCAGGAACAAUCAACAUCAUCGACAUUGUAA